AGUAAAUGCUAUCUUCUUCUUCGUGAAUGCUUCUUAGUUCCUGCCGCCAACCUAAUUUCAGUUUUCCGGCGGAAAAACUCAUACAAUUAGCAAGUUUGCUUGGGAAACGUGAAUAUUAGACUGAAAUCUCGUGUCCCAUUCGUUUCCGGGGUGAUUUCAGUUUCCAAUACGUCUCUAUUUUCUCGAAAGGGUUUUGGCGCGUUCCGAAACGCGUUUUCCGGUUUCCCGUUCCAGGACGUUUCGGGAACGGUACGUCGUGAUUUUUUUGCCGUUGUAGUGAUUAUUACUUACUUAUCUACAUUAAUUUUUUGGCGGAUUGUGGAAGCUUUUGUUUAGUUCUGUUUUGCCAAUCAUAAUAGGAUUAUCUAAAUAAAAAAAAUCAAUUAAAUUGUUUCUCCGUCUUGGCGACCGAUCAUACAAGGAUCCAGUGCCGAUCCUAUACAGGGAUCUUUGUCGCUUUACCUAGACCCGGGUAUGAGGGCGAGUUAUCGAAGUAACAUUAUAAUUGAAUAAAGUUAGCAACUUUUAAUCUGUUUAGCAAACUGCUCAGUGCUUGUAGAUAUUUAUUACUGAAUUGUGUAAGCUUGUUUAGUUCUGUUUUGCCAAUCAUAAUGUUUUCACAUUUGGAUUGUCUGAAUAAAGAAGAAAGAUGGAUGUCCAAAUGUAAGGCUAUUAGUCGUAGUAGAUUGCCUGAGCUACCAAAUGAAAUUUGGAUUGAGAUUAUGUUGAAACUGCCCAUUAAGCCUCUUCAUAUAUGCAAAUGUGUAUCCAAGACAUGGCACUAUCAUGUCUUGCACAUUUCCGAGACCCAGAAGGGAUUAGAGCUUCCAACUUGUGUCAUUUUAUUCGAAAUUAUGCGUCUUGAUGUAAAACGAGAGUUCGAUUUGUGUUAUUUAUCCCUUGGUGACUACAAGAUUACAAAAUGGUCAAUGGAUGAUCAAACCGAAAACGCUACCCUAGAGAUGACUGACCAUCAAAAUACCCAUGAAGAUUAUCAUGAUGGUAAUGUAAGUGGAUUGUUGCUGGGAAACUUAACCAUAAAAUUUGGCGGCUGGAUCUCAAAUGCCAAAAAGUACGAGUUAUGGAACAUGCACCGUGGCUUGAUGCUUAGCGUCCUCGAUACUCAUACUUAUCUUGUAUACAACCCUGCCACCAAUGAGGUUUUUGUCCUACCUAAGUCUCCUUCUCAACUUUCCAGAAUUCGACCCACUGAGCUAGCAGCCAUCGUUAAUUUUUCAGAUUGUCUUUUCUCUACUGAAUGUAAUUUCAGGGUCAUUAGUUUUUCCAAGGACACAAGAACAGAGAAAAGCAUGGUAUUGGUUGAGAUUUAUUCUUGUAACAAGAACGAAUGGUUUGUGUCAGAGUUCCCCCUUGAAAAGGCAGUCUAUUUAGAAAAAUGGAAUGUGUCUGGUGCUGUGUUUCUGGAUAGCACCUUAUUUUUCAUGACGAACAAGAGACAUGUUGUGGCAGUUCAAUUCCAUACAAGGGACCAAGUAAGCCUUUACUCUAUGCGCCUGCCUUCUUGUAUUGCAAAGGGCUUUAUUGAAUCACAGUUGCAUGUCUCUCAAGGAUGUCUUUAUCUUGCCUACCAUAAGUUUCUCAACCUAUGGAUUUGGAAACACAAUUGAAGAUCAACAGAUUCUGAUGCUUGGAUCCCGCAGUUUAUAUUCAAGAAAUCGGGUACUUGUUUAUGCCAACCAGUUGUUGAGAAAAAUUUUCGUCAAGUUGUGAGAGAACAAACUUCUCCAAGGAUCAUAAUCAUCCAUCCUGAGGCACCGAUUGUUUUCAUUAACGUGCAUUCAUCCAUCCUGAGGCACCGAUUGUUUUCAUUAACGUGCAUUCAUCCAUCUAUGCAUUCCAUCUUUUUAAUGGUACUGUUGAGAAGAUUGCUGAGAUUUCUAAGGAAGAACUUCCUUCGUUUGGUACUGCCUGCAUAUAUUCUCCAUGCGUUGCCUCAUUGAAGCGUCUAAACUCUAAAGCCAGCAAAUCCAGAUCGUUGUGAUCAAUCUAGUUGACCGAGUAUCUUGUUUGAUACUUCUCAAGAGGACAACAAAGGCAACUAAACAAGACAUUCUAGACUUGCAUGGUCCAAACUAGUUUGAAGGCGCAACUUUAUCCUUAAGAAGACAUUGAAUUAUCAUCUAAUUAAUUAUACUGUAUUUGUUUCAACUUUUUUUAUACUAUGCAUUUUUAUGUUGAUAUUGGUAUCUCUUAAUGUAAUAUGGUGAAUAUGUGAUGUUUUUUUCUCUUGACAAUUGAUUGGCCUGAAGAUACUUUCCUUGGACCAACA